UCCCUGGAGUCACCAGGUCUAGACUCCGGGUGACACUGGCGCUUCCGCCCAGCCCAGCUCUAAGGCAACCGCACCCUCAGCAAACAUCCCCCUUCCACCUUCGCGGCCCUGGCAACGGCCAGGGGCGGGCCGGGGAGUCUCCACCCACUCCUCACGGCUACCUCCUCCCCCCACCCCGCCCCCAAAUCCUACUCGUGGUGGCAGGAGGCUGCCUCCGAAUCCGAGUAUGUGAAUCCCUGAGUGGGGUGGCGCUGGGGCUGGGGCCGAGGGCAGAGGCUCCUGACUUAGUCCUCGGACCCCCUAGACCGGGCCGCCCCUGCGUGACCGGACUCUUCGUCCCCCAUGCCCCGCCACCCUCACGAUGCGGAACUGUCCACCCCGGCGGCUGCUGCUGCUGCUGCUCUUGCUGUGCGGGCCGCUGCUCCGGAGGGCGGAGGCAGGCUCGGAGGGGCAGACGGCGGGAGAGCUGUACCAGCGCUGGGAACGGUACCGCAGGGAGUGCCAGGAGACACUGCAGGCCGCAGAUCCCCCACCAGGUCUCGCCUGUAACGGGUCCUUCGAUAUGUACGUCUGCUGGGACUACACUGCACCCAACGCCACUGCCCGCGCGUCCUGCCCCUGGUACCUGCCCUGGCACCGCCACGUGGCUUCAGGCUUUGUCCUCCGCCAUUGUGGCAGUGACGGCCAGUGGGGACCUUGGCGAGACCAUUCUCAGUGUGAGGACCCAGAGAAGAAUGGGGCUUUUCAGGACCAAAGGCUGAUCUUGGAGCGGCUGCAGGUUGUGUACACCGUGGGCUACUCCCUGUCCCUUGCCACGCUGCUGCUCGCCUUGCUCAUCUUAAGUUUCUUCAGGCGGCUGCGCUGCACUCGCAACUACAUCCACAUCAACCUGUUCACAUCUUUCAUGCUGCGGGCAGCAGCCAUCCUCACCCGAGACCGGCUGCUUCCUCCCCCUGGCCCCUACUCUGGGGAUGGGGCCCCUGUCCUGUGGAACCAGGCUCUAGCUGCCUGCCGCACGGCCCAGAUCGUGACCCAGUACUGCGUGGGCGCCAACUACACGUGGCUGCUGGUGGAGGGGAUCUACCUUCAUAGCCUCCUGGUGCUCGUGGGAGGCUCGGAGGAGGGCCACUUCCGCUGCUACAUGCUCCUCGGCUGGGGGGCCCCCGCGCUUUUCGUCAUUCCUUGGGUGAUCGUCAGGUACCUGUACGAGGACACGCAGUGCUGGGAGCGGAAUGAUAUCAAGGCCAUUUGGUGGAUCAUAAGAACCCCUAUCCUCCUAACCAUCUUGAUUAAUUUUCUCAUCUUCAUCCGCAUCCUUGGCAUCCUCCUGUCAAAGCUGAGGACUCGACAGAUGCGCUGCCCAGAUUACCGGCUGAGGCUGGCUCGCUCCACGCUGACACUGGUGCCUCUGCUGGGCGUCCACGAGGUGGUGUUUGCUCCUGUGACUGAGGAACAGGCCCGGGGUGCCCUGCGCUUGGCCAAGCUCGCCUUUGAGAUCUUCCUCAGCUCUUUCCAGGGCUUCCUGGUCAGCGUCCUCUACUGCUUCAUCAACAAGGAGGUGCAGUCUGAGAUCCGCCGGGGCUGGCACCGCUGCCACCUGCGCCACAGCCUGGACGAGGAGCCGCGCCAGCCCCGGGAGCGCGCCUUCCAGACCCUGCGCUCGGGCUCCGGCCACGGCCAGGUCCCCGCGGGCCGCGCUCCGUGCUCAAGGACCCUUCCAGGUCCCGGGGAUGAGGCCAGCCAUGUCUUGGAAAGUUACUGUUAGGCGGCAGGAUUCUUGUGUCUAUUCAGUUAGCACGUAUUUAUUGAGCGCCUGCUGUGUACCAGGCCUGGUGAAAAGGGCGCUGGGGAAACGGGUGGUGAUGGGGUGAAAGGAAACAGAAGACAAGGUCCCUGUUGUUUUAGGAUCACAACUGAGUGGCAGGAACAGACCUGAGGCCGACUCAUCAAGCUAUAUAUACAUGGUGGAAGAGCUUAUCAAGAAUCCUUAGAAGGGGGCCUAAGGUGGUCUUGGGGCAUCUCUGAGGAAGUUACAUUUAGGCCAUGCCUGAAAGAGGUGCGAGACAGCUUUGGGAAGACUUGGCGGACAAGAUUCUAGGCAGAAGGAAGAGCAUCUGCAAGGGCCCUGGGCAGCCAAGAACUUGGCUGUGUCUGAGGAACAGAAAGGUGACCUGGGUGGCUCCGGCACGGGGAGGAGUCAGAGCCAAGGGAUGGGGAAAGAGAAGUGGGUGGGGCUAAAGAGUUGGGAUUUUUAUUCCAGAUGCGCUGAAGAUUCUCAGGAACAUCUAAUGGGAGCGGGCUGGUGUUUUAAAACAGGUCCUGGUGGGAGAACAGACUAUUAGGGGCAAGGGUGGUGGCUGGGAGCCCAGUGAGGAGGCUGAUGCAGGUGGGAGGUGAUGGUGGCCAGAGCAGGGUGGCAGUCACCUUGGGUGUGAAAAAUGGCUUGAUUAUGGAACGAUUUCAAAGGCCAGACUGGAAGCCUUUGUCAGUGGAUCGCAUGAGGAAAGGGUAACAAGGAGAGAAGUCAGCCUUGGUUUGGGAUUAAGAGGAAAGAGAUGGGGAGAUCAGGCGCAGGGUGGGGAGAACCGAGGGUGCUCUUCGGACAUGGUAAGCUGGGAAGGGUCUGGAGCUUGCGGGCAGGUUAGAGAUAGAAAUGCCAGUGGCACUGGGGUCCGGAGCACAGGCUUGUGUGUGUAGACAGAAUCACGGGCAACUAAAGGGCAGGCUUCGGAGCAGAAAUUACAUCCACAGAGGCCAGGACCAUCGCGAGCUGGAGCGUGUGGACACACAUCUGCACCCUUCUGGGUGGCCCCUGGCAAUGGGAGUUAGGGAGGCGCCUAGACCACCUGCAUAUAUAACAAGGCCCUCACCUCAAACCCCUCCCCUACACAGACACGCACUUGGAUUCAGUUUGCACCUGGGGACUGUCCGUUGUUUUCCAUGGGGUCCCCUGUUCCAGGGACAGACCCGGCCCAUAGCCGCUGAGCUCAGAGUCCUUUCAGGCGUGUGGCUCUGCUGGGCCCCUCUCGUGGGUUCUGGGAAGGUGGGGGCCCUUGUAAAUAAAGCAUGAGACACAGAUGUGCUUUCUGUGGGGGAGGGAGAACCUCCUUGGCCAGGCCAUCAAGAUGAUGGAGGUGGCCAUGUGCCUGUGGUGGCCUUGCGCCCUCUGGAGAGCAGUGCCGCUCUUAAGCCACGCGUUGCCAAGAUCAUGGGCGCCGAGCAGCCACCGUCCUCCCCGCCUAAGGGAAGCCCCCCAGGAAUGUCCGUGUGAACUCCUGAUAUUUAAACCACGUGCAAUGUGUACAAUUAAAAGUGUGUGUGUGCCAAACA